GACGAGGCGACGGCAGCCCGGACGGGGUCCUAGCGGGACCGAAGGGGGACGCAGAGGGGCGUGCCGACUUCAGGGGACGCCUGAUCCGAGGAAGGCCCAGCUUGGCGCCGGUCCCCGCGGAAAGUGAGUUGAGAUGAGGUGGGCGGGCGAGAAGAGCUCCAGCGAGACUCAGGUGAACGCGCAGGCAGCACCGGGGACGGACUCGAAGCUCCGGUUCCACCAACUGCCGCCAAGACGCUGAGGACCCAACGGGUCUCCUCAGGCCGCGAGGCCUUCGGGGAAAUGAAGUCCGGAUCGGAACCACACACGGAUUGGCGAGCGUCUGGGUGAAGGGCGGAGCGAGGGAGAGAGAUGCUUCUGUGAUUGGUGGAAAGAUAUCUCAGUCUGGACCCCAGAGUUGAGAGUGACGUACCGUUGGGGCACCUCCUUCCCCUCCAUUGGCUUAAUUGCCUAGGAGGCGGGACUAACUAGCAAACGCGGACUAGAAAUACGGAUGCUGAAAAGCAACGGGGAGAGACGCAGUCGUAACGCACUUCCGGCGGUCUACGCGAGGAAGAUGGCUGCAUCCCAGCAGCAAGCUUCAGCGGCUUCCUCAGCUGCUGGUGUAUCGGGUCCUAGUUCGGCUGGCGGCCCGGGUCCCCAGCAGCAGCCGCAACCGCCAGCACAACUGGUGGGCCCUGCCCAGAGCGGCCUCCUGCAGCAACAGCAACAGGACUUCGAUCCUGUACAGCGUUAUAAGAUGCUCAUCCCGCAGCUGAAGGAGAGUCUACAGACCUUGAUGAAGGUUGCAGCCCAAAACUUGAUUCAGAACACUAACAUCGACAAUGGACAAAAGAGCAGUGAUGGACCCAUACAGCGCUUUGACAAGUGCCUGGAAGAGUUCUACGCACUCUGUGACCAGCUGGAGCUGUGCCUGCGCCUGGCGCAUGAGUGCCUGUCACAGAGUUGUGACAGUGCCAAGCACUCUCCAACGCUGGUGCCCACAGCCACCAAGCCCGACGCAGUGCAGCCUGACAGCCUCCCCUACCCACAGUACCUGGCGGUCAUCAAAGCCCAGAUUUCCUGUGCCAAGGACAUUCACACCGCCCUGCUGGACUGUGCCAACAAGGUCACGGGCAAGACACCCGCACCACCUGCUGGCCCUGGGGGCACCCUGUGAAGUAGGGGACAGGGAGUGGGGCAGGCAGUGGUUGGUGUGUGGUGUGCAAAGGGAAUGAAGAGCGUCCUGGGCCUAAACACAGCAGCCUCCUCUCUUUUCCUGCCUGAGCACCGCAGCGGGAGCCAGCAGGGGGCAGCAGAGGCCAACAGGGAGCUCGCAGGCCGGGCCCCUGCGUCCCUGCCCCUUCUUCCUGCUCCCCCUCCUAGCCUAGGGUAGACUUUGAACUGUGUGUGUUGAUGACCUCUCUGUUCCACAGGCCCUCCCCCAUUCUUGCCUGGGUGUGGAGCCCUGGCUGUCCCCUCUCCCUCAGUCCUUCCUGACUGUCUCCAGCUGGGAAGUGGUCUCUGUGUGCCACUCCUCUGUGUCUCUAUUACAGUUGUGUCUCUGUCAUCCUGUCUCUUUUUUCCUUGUUUCUCUGUUCCUGUUAAUGUGUUUCUCCCCAUGGUCCUAUGUCUCUCACUCUGACCUCCCUCUCUUAGUCCCCUUUAGCUGUCUUCUAUCCCCAGCUCCUAACUGGGACUCUGUGUCUAUGCAGGGGGCCAGCACCCCUGGGUUAUCUGGGGCUAAGGGAAGGGACUUCAUUUCCAGGGGCCACAGCCAAGCCCAGAGUCCCCCAGUGGCUCGCAUGUCAGCCCAGACCCCAGGGUCCUUGGCCUAGGAGAGGAGCACUGGAGGGGCCCAGGCUCUGAGCUCCACAGGUCUGAGCAGGGAGCAACUCAGGCCCCCACCCAAGCCUGCGUCAGCGGAACUUGAGUGAGGGGCGUUGUGCAAUCUGUGGCAAGGCUGGCCCAGCUGGAUGCCUGGGUCCCAGUAUUUUUAGCCCCAAAGGAGAAGUGAAAAGGCCCCAGCCGGGGUGAAUCAUCAGUCCUGGGGAAGAACCCAGGCGCCUGAGCCCCAGCUCCGGGAAGCAGGCACUGGGGAGGGGGCUUCAAGGAGGGAGUGCCCCCUCAGACUCUCUGCUUCCCUGGAAGCUUCAGGAAGCUCAGCCUCGGCCUUCAGGCCUGAGCAAGUGCAGGGCGGAGCUACCAGCCCAGGCUCAGAUGUUGGGGUGUGAAAGCCUCAAGUGACUCAGCCUGGUUGGAGAACUGCCCCACCCAGUAUCUUCUGUGCCAUGGUUCCCACAUUCGCACUCCGUGGCCUCCUGUCCUGGACCCCACGUCUGCAAGGAAACCCUAGGACCAUGGAUACCUCUGUGAUUCACGCUGAGCCCAAGUCCCCACACUGGAAAACUGGGAAAUGGCCAGCUGUGUGUCCCAGGAAAUUCCUCCCCUUAUUCUUCCUUGAAGUGCCCAAGCAUGUAGGGCAAGAAGGAAGGCUGAAGCGCUGUCCCUAGGAGGAAUUUCUCCUUCAGGGAAGCCUCAGUUUUGCCCAUUUAUCUAAUUGAAUCAGUUUUUUACCCAAUCCCCCGGUUUUGUAGGAUAAUCUCCCUUAUCUAAAGUCAACUGAUUAUGGACUUUAAUCACAUCUACAAAACACUUCUAUGGCAACAGCUAGAUGAGUGUUUGAAUAACUGGGACUGUAGCCCAUCCAAGUUGACACAUAAAACUGACCAUUGGGCCGGGGGUGGUGGCUCACGCCUGUAAUCCCAACACUUUGGGAGCCCGAGGCGGGCGGAUCACAAGGUCAGGAGUUCAAGACCAGCCUGGCCAACACGGUGAAACCCCGACUCUACUAAAAAUACAAAAAAUUAGCCGGGUUUGGUGGCACGCGCCUGUAGUCCCAGCUACUCGGGAGGCUGAAGCAGGAGAAUCGUUUGAACCUGGGAGGCAGAGGUUGCAGUGAGCCAAGAUCGCACUAUUGCACUCCAGCCUGGGCGACAGGGCAAGACUCUGUCUCAAAAAAAUAAAAAACUGACCAUCUAGUCCUUGUCAUCUGGGCACCCUCACACAUCUCCUUAACCACACUUAAUCUCCAAAUAAGUGCAAUAACAUAGUCAUAGUCCCACCCAACAUGAUGCAGUUAUCUUGCAUACAACUGAAAAUAGCUAACCCUUUCCCCAACGGAGCCCACCAGCAGUGGUGGAGAUGUCGGUCCAUGAGCACACACACAAGACUGAGGGACUGUCGGCCCUCCCAGGUGGUGUCAACACAACAUCACACACAGGUGGGGGGCCUGAUAGCCCAGCACCCAUGAUACAGGGCCUACCAAUGCUUAAAACCACACCCAGGGAGCCCACAGAGGCACUCAGUGAGUGGUGGGGUGAUGGAUGCACAUCUAUCAGGCACAGGGCGGAGGUGGGCACCACUAAGUUGCACUCAGCAAACACAUUGGGUAUCUUGUGCCUAAGGCCUGUAUUUGUGGAGCUGAUGUUCUAGUGAGAGACAGUAAAUGUGACAAAAGUAAAAUAUAUCAGAUGGUGAGAAAACAGAAAAAUGAGAUCAGAAAUGGAGAUGUUGGGGCCGGGCACAGUGGCCCAGGCCUGUAAUCCCAUCACUUUGGGAGGUGCAGGCAGGUAGAUGGCUUGAGCCCAGGAAUUCAAGACCAGUCCGAGCAACAUAGCAAAGGCCCUUAUCUGCAAAAAAUUCAAAAAUUAGCCAGGUGUGGUGGUGCGUGCCCAGGUUCCCAGGUACUCGGAGGCUGAGAGGUGGGAGGAUGCCUUGAGCUUGAGAGGUCGAAGCUGCAGUGAGCUGUGAUCGCACCACUGCACUCCAGCUUGGUUGAUGGAGACCCUGUUUUUUUAAAGAAGUGGAGGUGUUUACACAAGCAAAAUACUCAUUUUUUUAAGUGUAAUUAAGUUGAAGAUCAAAAAAUGGAAAUGUAUAAUUAAAAAAUCAUACUUAGCAAAUCUAACACAUGAAAUGUAACAUCUGCAUAUGGAGAAUUGUGUUACUUUAUUGAAAAACAUUAAAAGUUUGAGAACUUAA